UAAUUAUAUCAUGAAUCACGAAGCUGAAAAUACUCCUCUUGUUUAAGAAUAAUUCCCUGCACCAUAAACUAAUAUUAAAUAUGAAGAGCAACCAAAAAUAGUUUCAAUUAACUAAUUGUUAUUAUAAAAUACUGCUUAAGCUUUUAGCCCAGGUGUCAUGAUAAGCAAAUAAUUUUACGUUUUUUCAAAAACUAUAUAAAAGUAUUAAUUUCAAUAUAGUACUCUCUAGAUCAAUAGAAUAAUAUAGAAAUAAUGAGAGAAUUCAAUUUACUAAGAAUAUUUCAACAUCUUUUGAAUAAUAUGAUGGAGUUUCUUAUAGCAAUGAAGCAUUUAAUUAAGAUUAAUCUAUCACAGCAAAAGGACUUAAAUAUUUUGGUAGAGCAAUCUCUAAGAUCAAAAACAAGCUUGUAGGAAAUAAUUAAGAAUAAGAACAAUAAGGAACCUAAUAGUAAUAGUAAUAAUAAUAGUCAAUUAUUCCAGAAUAGAACCAAAAAAUUGAUGAAGAAUAUAUUUGAUUUUAUAAA